GUCGUUGAACAACGUUUAUCCUGUUCAAAGCAGGCCACCCCUAAAAUGGCCUAGGCCUAGCCUAGAGAGGCUAUCCUAGCUAGGCUACCUGGAGGGCGACUGGGGCCUGCUUUGUUGGCUUGUGUUAUUACUUUUGAGCAACAAUGACUGAGGAAGAGCAUUCUAAGCACAGACCUCCGGAGCCAAUAAACAUUACAGUUCUGAGAGCGAGGCAUUUGCGUGGCAGUAAAGGAGAUGCUUUGACUUCACUCGUACGUGUGGAGUACGGAACGAGUGCACUUGGCGAAUCCAGCAAAGUUGACUCAAGCGCAGAUGUUGCAGCUGAAUACAACUUCAACUCAAAGAUUGACUGUAGCUUCGAGGACCCAGUCAUCCUGGAUGAAAUUGCCUACAAGCCUAUCUUAAUUACUGUUGUUGAGGUUCUUCCUAAAGAAAAGAAACAAAAAGAAGAGCGAACAAAUCAGUUAGGCCAGUGCACAGUUGACUUACUUCCCUUGGUGAAGGGAGAAAAUAAGUAUAAAAGUACCCUUGUCAUUCAUCCAUUGCCUGGAUCACCAUUUGAAAACCUGGCUCCAGAUAGCCCAAGGCCGGAACUUGAUGUUGUGGUUUAUGUGAAUGAGCCCCUGCUGACAAAUGAGCAGCUCCUGGAGAGCAAUCUGAUGACAGUUACCGUCGAAGCCGCAUAUUCUGUGCCAGAAUCCUGGAAUCCAAGUGGAACUCAAUUUCUCUACAAUGUUACACUACCAAUGCCAAUUACUAAUGACAGGGAGUCAACUGUUGUGUUAUCAAAUGGUGUGUUGAAAUCAGCCUCUGACAAAGAUCAGCCGUCUAAGCAGAAGAAGUGGACAGCCCCUGGAGCUGCCCAGGGUAAUGCCAUUUACAUUCAUGACCAGUUUGUGCAGUCAAGUAAUUAUGAUCAGGAAGAUGGAGAGCUCACAGGCAAAGAGGAUCGUGAAUUUCGCAUUGAAGUUGAAACAGAGAAGAACCGUGUCAUUUGGAACACUGAGAGAAGAUGUUACAUGGAAAAAUCAGCAAUUCAAAGCCUGCAAAGUAAGAUAGCACAGACACGGGUUUGGCCAGUGGAGAUAAUGAGAACAACAAUGCCAACUGCAACCAAAGCUAAAGGCAAAGAAGAGGAGAACCCUAUCUUUUUUCAUGGAGUGGCCUAUGUGAACCUUGCACCAUUGCUUUACCCGGGAGUAAAGAAAAUCAGAGGUGCAUUCAGGAUUCAUGCAUUCAAUGAACAAGAGCUGUGUGAAAAGACAAAACGCAAAAGCGGUUUAGCUGAAGAGGCUGUUCGAUUAGCCACUGCUAUGCAUCGGAAUGCUUCGCCAUUUGUCAAAGCUCCUUCAAAAUCUGGGAAAGAUGAUAAGGCAGGCAAAGAGAAGGAGAAAGACAAGGAUGCAGCGAAAAAGCAGCAGCCUUCCUCUUUGUUGAAGACCGCACCUGCUCCAUCUUCCGACAUUGUACCAGAGGCUGAAGUCCCUGCACAGCAGAAUAUUGAAGGACAACAGUACGAUGAGGCCAGGAGCUACAUAUUCCUAGAGUUUGUUUUAAAGAAACCCAUAGUGCCGAAGAGGGAGCCAGAGGAAUUAGCCAAAAAGGUAUCAGAGUAUAUUCCACCUAGGCCGUUGUUUCCUCGUCGAACAAAUGGAGCACAGAGGGCAGUAGAUGACUUCCAUCAGCAGGUGGCCUCUAUUGGCAAUUUGGUCCUAGAAGAAUUCAGAGAAUUGUUUGCAGACCAAUUAGCAAAUGGGGAAUUACCGCAAGUUAACAAUUCAGUUGAAGAAAGGCGAAGAAAACUUAUUUAUGAGCUGAACAGUAGUGGCAAAUAUUUUGCCUUUAAAGAACAGCUAAAGCACUCUGUUGUCAAGGUUGUACGUGAGAAGUACUUACAAACUUCAACAUUUACAGACCAGGAACGGUUACAGGCUUUCUUGAGUGAGCUAUAUGUGUUCCUUGUGGACGAGAUGCAUGUUGGAUUGAGUAACGUACUGUCUUUAGAAGAUGAGACUCCAGUUCCAGCGCCCCUUACAGACACCAUGCAGUUGAAACACUUUGCCCGAGAGGCUGAGGUUAAUGAGAAUUUUGAAUUGGCUGCUAAAUACUAUCAAGAGAGAUUGGCGCAGAAUAGGAAUGAUGCCGACAAUUGGUUUGACUAUGGAACGUUUUGCUUACUGAUCAACGACAUCUCAAAGGCUGAAGAGUGUUUUAAGGAAACUAUCUCAAUCCAGCAACAGCAUCUGUCCGGCUUGCUCUUGUAUGGUGUUGUAUGCGCCAUGGAAGAACGCAACGAUAUGGCGGAGACCUUCUUUGAAGCUGCUACUGCUGCAUACCCAGAUAGUGUCCUUGCCUGGACAAUGCUUGGUUUGUUUUAUGAUGGUAUUGAUAAUGACAUACAAGCUGAAUUUGCAUUCCUCGAAGCUCAGAAGCUGAAUUUAGCUCAUGCUGUAGCAAAGCAAAAACAGCAACAGAUAGCCAACGAACAGGCAGAUGCAUCCGUCACUAAACCUGUGCCUCCAUCGGUGAUCUCUGUAGCGCCCCCUGAGGGUACUGGAGAUGCCUCGCUUUUACAUGGUGCUGAAAACCAACAAGAUACAGGGCUCCUUCCUGCAGCACCAGAGCUAACCAAGACUCCUGCCACAACUGAGGGUAAAAAUUUAUCCCCUUCUGCCUACAAAGUUAGGCAGGCAGGGAGUAGCAAUAAGAAACGCAUUUCUGUCUCAAAAUCAGCUGCAUCUAUCCAGGAUGUACAGCGCUCAAAGAGCCAAUGUAGUGCAAGUAAAGCAGGAAGUAAGCCUGGUACUCCAGAUGUAGAUGAGCCAGCUAGGGAGCCUACACCAACACCUGAAUUCAGUAUUUAUAUCUUGGCUGCUGAGUUCCUGCUGGAGGUCAAAGCAACACAGUUUUGUGAGCGUGCUUUGGCACAUGAACUACUUGCCCCUAAGGGUGGGCCAAGCGGUACUUACUAUGUAGCAUUAUCUAGGCUGAAGCUACAGAAAAAGGAACUUGAAGAAGCAGAUGAAAGCCUAAAGGAAGCACUGAUAGUAAACAAUCAGGAUCCAGAUGCCUGGUCAAUUCAAGGUCAUCUUAGCUACUUGCAAGGAAACAUGACUGAAGCACGGAACUGCUAUGAAAGGACUUUAUCGUUUAUUGCAGACGCUAGAGAAAUGCAUGCAAUAUAUCUACGACUGGCAUCGAUAUACCUCCAGGAAGGAAAGUUUGAAGAGGCAAAGAACACCUUUUUGCUAGCAUGUAAGAAAUCCCCAUCCUGUGUUUCCUGGCUUGGUGUUGGUAUUGCCUGCUAUCGGCUUGGUGAGUUAUCAGAGGCGGAGGAUGCGCUUUCAGAAGCUAACAUAUUGAACAACAGUGACCCGUUGGUGUGGGGCUACCUAUCGCUGGUGUGCCUACAUACAGGUAGACAGCUUGAGGCAGAGCAGUCAUACAAGUAUGCCAUCAAGGUCAACCUACAGGAUGAAGAACUUCUUGCUGAGAUUCAUAGCGUUCAAGAACAGGUCGGCUUCGGAAAUCCUCAAUUCUAACCUAAAGUUUAAAUCAAAUACAUGUUGGCUAGAUGAAUCAACAGCUCUUGUUGGCAGUUUGAAGCCUUCCCUUUGGUUAUUGUCACUGCUGUUAAAUAGAGAGUAAAAUGUUGUAUAUUAUUGCCUAGAUUAUGAGCUGUAUGUAUCUCACAAUGAUUUAGUUUUUAUAUUCCUUUUUUUUUAACAAAGUUAGAAUUACACAACCUCUUCAUGUCAAUUUUAUAUUACUUUAAUGGCCUGUAAACUAAAUCUUGAAUCUUAAGAUUUUUGUUUGUUUUAAUUGUAAUGAUUAAUUUCAAAAUCUUUGGAUUUGAAUACAAGUGUCUUAAACACCCACUUUCUUUAUUAUUUGGUAUCACUUUAACCAAAUAAUUGUUUUUAUACUUGGUUGUUUUAUAUUAGAAGUUUUAAACUCCUUCUAAACUGUCAUACUUUAUACAUUUCCAAUAUGAAAGUAUAAUUGAAAGCUUUAUAAUCCAAUAUGUUAUUGGAGACUGAAACUGAUAUAAUUGGAAAAUUGUAUAUAUUGUAAUAUAGAUUUGGAACAAUUAUUGUUAUAUUGUAUUUUUAUUAAGAAAUUGGAGUGUAAUUUAUUGUCAAUAUAGUGUGAUUGUGUUUAAAUUGAAUGUAAUAAUGAAGAAUAUAGUAAUAUUGAAAAACUUUU